AUGACUGUCUUCUUGAUAACUGGCGCGAGCUCUGGCCUAGGCCGCCAGCUAAGUCUCGAUGCUCUACGGCAGGGCCACAAAGUCUUCGGCACAACUCGUAGCUCAAAUAGAGCUAGAGAAUCUAGCCCAGAUUUCGAAAGCUUAGGAGGCGUUUGGUGUGAACUGAACAUUUCUAGCGCAUCGUGCGAAAACUUGAUCCGCGAUAUCGCUGAGAAAGAGAAUGUGGAUGUUUUGGUUAACUCGGCUGGGUAUGCACUCUUGGGUCCUGUGGAGCAGAUUAGCGAUAUAGAGGCUCAUGCCCAGAUGGAAACCAAUUUCCACGGGACAUUGCGGGCUAUUCGAGGCGUUCUCCCGACAUUCCGCUCUCGCCAAUACGGUAUCAUCGUUAACAUCACUAGUGGAGCAGGAUUCAUUGGGCUCGCUAGCCGAGGAUUAUACGCCGGCAGCAAGUUCGCGGUAGAGGGGCUUUCAGAGGCACUCGCGAAUGAAGUCGCCCCGUUCAACAUACGAAUAAUCAUCGCCGAGCCGGGUGCAUUUCGAACCAAUUUUAUGGACACUCUGGUUUUCCCAGAAUCAGGACUAGGCCCGUACGAAGGUACUCCGACUGCGAAAAUGGUUGAAGUGACGGAAGAUAUGAAGCGGCGUAAGUUUGGAGACGUCGCCAAGGCUUCAGAGGUGCUUCUCAACGUCAUCCUCGGUACGGGCCCUGCAGCUUCUGAGGAUGUCAAAAAGUGUUUGCGAGUACCUAUGGGCCAAGACUGUUGGCCUCUGGCCAAGAAAGAAGCAGAGGCAUGGUUGAAAGAAUUGGCCACGAUAGAGACCAUCUCAAUGAGCAUUGGAAAAGAAGAAUAG